AUGUCGCCGGGGAAGGGCAAGCGCCCUCCCGCGGAGGACGCCGACGCGGCGCCGACGGCGAAGCGACCGCGGGGGGCGGCGAGAGACGCGUCGCGCGCGUCGGACGACGCGAACGCCGUCGCGUCCGCGCCGCUCGUCUCCGUGCUGAUGCCCUGCCGGAACGCGAUGCCGUGGCUUCCCGAUUGCGUCGCGAGCGUCCUCGCGCAGCGCGGGCUCGCGAAACGCGGCGGGCUCGAGCUCAUCGCCGUGGACGACUCCUCCACGGACGGCUCCAGGGAGUGGCUCGAGGCGUGCGCCGCCGCGCUCGCGGCCGCGGACGAGAAAGCGGGCGAGGACGAGGACGAGGACGAGGACGAGGACGAGGAGGAGGACGAGGAGGACGACGACGACGCGCACGCGUUCCCGCCCGACCGCCUCGCGUGGGAAUCCGACAAGGUCGUCCCGACGUCCGUCGCCGCCGCGGUCCGCGCGCGCGUCCGCGGGAACACCCUCGUCGUCCUGACCGUCGCGCCGUUCGGACGGUCCGGUCAGGGCAAAGCGUUGAACCUGGCGUACGCGCGCGCGCGAGGGACGCUCGUCGGGGAGAUGGAGAGCGACGACCUCCGCCCGCCGAGGGCGUUCGUCGCCCUCGCGAGGGCGCUCGACGCGAACCCGGGGUGGGACGGCGUGACGUCGCGCGUGGCGCUCGUCGGGUGGGACCGCCCCGGGAUGGCGCGGUGGACGCGAUGGAUGAACGAGGCGUGCGCGGACCCGGAGGCGAUGGCGCGGGGGCGGUUUUUGGAGAUUCCCGCGCUGAGGGCGUCGGGGGUGUACCGCCGCAGCGCGAUGCGAGCGCUCGCGACGGACGCCGAGGUGAUGAUGGAAGCGACGGCGGCGGGUUCGCGCGGCGCGGGGGUGGUCGAACCCGCGACGGGGGAAGGGACGCGCGGGGAGAGCGUCGACGCGGCGGCGGCGACCGCGGCGGAGAUAAAAGCCGCGGCGGAGAUUGAUGAAGCCGCGGCUUCGCCGUAUCGCGACCUCUGGAUGAUCGACGACGCCGUCGCGGAUUGCGCGCACGCCACGGACCCGACGUACGCGCUCCCGUCCAGACAAUCCCUGCGACCGACUGGGUGGUGGCCCGUGGACGCGGACUUCUGGCACCGGUGGUUCGCGCUCGGGCUCGUCGUCGGCAAGGUGCCGAAGACGCUGUACCUCUGGCGGCAGUACCCCGCGCAGAGCACGCGGACGCACGACCGGUGCUCGCUCGCGCGGCUGCGCGCGUGCAAGGUGCACUUCCUCCUGUGCGCGAAGUCUGGUGCCAUCGCGCGAGGCCGCCCGAUUCAGGUCUGGGGCACGGGCGAGACCCUGAGAGCGUGGGCGUCCGAGUUGAGAGACGCGUUGGCGACGCGACCGGCGUGCGCGUUCGUAGACGCCGUCCCGGCCGCGAGAAAAGCCGCGGACGCGGGGGACGCGACACGCGCGGAGGAGCUGCUGGUCGCCGCGGCGCGCGCGGCGGUGCGGGAGAUCGAGUACAAGCCCGGCGCGCCCGUCGGGACCGCGCGCGUGAGGGAGGAGGACGAGAAGACCAGAGCCGGGCUGGACGCCGCGGGGGUGCGUUUUUCAUCCGCGGGCGGCGGCGGCGGCGGCGGGGGGGGGCGCGCGCCGCUGCGGUUGUUCGCGUUCGGCAUGGCGAAAGCGCGCGCGAAGGUGAUGGACACGUUCGCGGGGUUCGACGAAAACGGGGGCGAUCACUGGUUCGUCGCGUGA